AUGGGGGAUUCAUCAGAGGAGCUAGCGAAGGUGGAAAAGGAGAGAAGAAAGGUGGAAAAAGAAUUGGCAGAUAUCAGGAGGAUAGAAGAUAGCAUUCGAGAAAGGCAGAUAGAGUAUCUGGCACCCCGCAGUAAAUCAGACGAUGAGAAGAGAAUAGAAGAGGUAGUACUGAACAGUGGCCGACUUCUCACGGACGCACUAAGUUUAUACGGGGGUGAAAAGGUGAAUUUUGACCAAAACCGUGUCACUGGAGAAUUCAAACACUCCGAAAGGGCCAUAACGAAGGAGGCCAUCAAUACCCUUUUCCGAUGGUUAGACAAAGCGGACAAGGAAGGAGUUAAGGAGACUUCUAAAAAUCUGAAUAAUAUACGGGGAACCUUGGCUGUCAUGAGCGGCCUCAGGAAACACAAAUGGGUCGAGUUGGCGGAGCAUCAGCAGCAAAUUCGCGAUUCGCGUCCGGAGAAAGGCGAACUCGAAGUACCCAUCGAGGAGAGAAACAAAUUCCUUAAACACGUUGACGAUUACCUCGUCAUCCUUGAGAGACUGCGGCGCCUGCAUUGGAAGGAAGUUGAAUAUCUGGAUGACUUCGGUCUCCAGCUACAGGAUGGCGGGUUCCCUGAUGAUGAUGCCUUGCAGGACUACAUGUAUACAACACUACUCGACCGCAUAAAGACAUACAAUGGCCGUUACGGAUUCCAUAACCGAAGUAUCGCGUUGCUUGACCAUUAUCGACGGUAUUAUAUCGACUUGCGUGCUGCCCCUCGCUCUGACGCCAAUGAAAAAGCAUGGGAAGAGCUGCGCCUCAUGACUUCCGCAUUUGAUGAAUACAAAUCCUUCAUCUUCAACGAAGAGCUGGAGAAGGGCGUGACGGCAGGCAUGUGGCCAGAGCAUGCGGUCCCGUUAUUCCUGUACUAG